UAUUUAUUUACCACUAUAAAAUCUUUGUCUAAAAACUAUCAGAGCGCACUGCACUCUCUCUCUAUUUUCUGUCAGAUUUCUUUUUUCUCUCUCAAAAAUCUCUCAAAUCCAAUACUCUCCGCUCCUCUGAUCUUUUCUUCGACUUGGUUUAUGAGCUCGAAGGAGAAACCCACUCUUGGCGGUACGCGGAUUAAGACCCGCAAACGGAAUAUUGCUGCACCCCUGGACCCUUCAGCAUUUGCUGAUGCAGUAGUCCAGAUCUAUUUGGAUAAUGCUGGUGACCUGGAACUUGUUGCCAGGAGCAUUGAAUCUUCAGAUCUUAACUUCUCAAGAUACGGUGACACCUUCUUUGAGGUUGUUUUUGCUGGAGGCCGCACACAACCUGGCACACUUAAACCUGAUGAAGGGGAGUGCCACCCUUACUCUAUCAUAGAGUGUGAGGCUAAACGUGAUGCCAUUUUACUAUCUGUGAUUUACAUUCAGAAAAUCUUGCGCCGAAGACCUUUUCUGAUAAAGAAUCUUGAAAAUGUUAUGCGAAGACUCUUGCAGUCCUUGGAGCUUUUCGAGGAAAAUGAGAGGAAGAAGCUUGCAAUUUUCACAGCACUUGCUUUCUCCCAGAAAUUAUCAGGGUUGCCACCUGAGACUGUGUUCCAGCCAUUGCUCAAGGAUAAUCUUGUGGCAAAAGGGCUAGUUCUUUCAUUCAUGACAGACUUCUUCAAGGACUAUCUGGUGGAUAAUAGCCUUGAUGAUUUAAUUUCUCUUCUGAAGCGAGGGAAAAUUGAGGAUGAUCUCCUGCAGUUUUUCCCCUCCACAAAGCGAUCUGCUGAAGGUUUCUCUGAGCAUUUUACCAAGGCAGGGUUGGUACCCUUGGUUGAAUACAAUGAGAAAAAAAUAUUUGAGGUAAAAUUGAAGGAAAUGAAGUCUGCUUUGACAACACAGAUAGUAGAGGAAUCUGAUAUGUCUGAAGUCAUUGAAACUGUCAAACAACGUGUUAAAGAUGCUAAAUUACCUGAUAUUGAGGUUAUAAGGAUUUUGUGGGAUGUAAUAAUGGAUGCUGUUCAGUGGUCUGGAAAGAACCAGCAGCAGAAUGCCAAUUCAGCUUUGCGACAGGUCAAAACAUGGGCAAAGCUGUUAAAUUCUUUCUGCACCAGUGGAAACAUUGAGCUGGAACUUAUAUAUAAAGUUCAGAUGCAAUGCUAUGAGGAUGCAAAAUUGAUGAAGCUGUUUCCCGAGAUUGUGAGAUCUCUCUAUGAUCAGGAUGUCCUUGCAGAAGACACCAUUCUUCAUUGGUUCCGCAAAGGAAACAACCCGAAGGGCAGGCAAACCUUUGUGAAGGCCCUGGAGCCAUUUGUGAAUUGGCUGGAAGAAGCAGAAGAAGAGGAAUAAGCUGGCCAAUAAUAAUAGUAUGGUCAGCAAUCUAUAGAAAUGGUGAUAAACCUUGUACUUGUUCCUUGUUUUUAUUAGCUAUCUGUUGGUGAGACAAUCAACUCAUAGUUACCAGAUCCUUAAGACUCAUGGUGUGGCUAUUAAAAUAUGAGAUGCUAAAAUUGAUGGAGUAAUUAAUUUUAAUAUAUGAUGGUUCAAUAAACAAAAAUCUUGCUUUGUA